GUCGUGGACGAGGUCAUCCAGAACUGCCCCAUCGAUGUCAGGCGUCCCCUCUAUAAGAACAUUGUCCUGUCGGGAGGCUCCACCAUGUUCAGGGAUUUUGGGCGCCGUCUGCAGAGAGACGUGAAGAGGACGGUCGAUGCCCGCCUGAAGAUGAGUGAGGAGCUGAGCGGAGGCAAGCUCAAGCCCAAACCGAUCGAUGUCCAGGUCGUCACUCAUCACAUGCAGAGAUACGCGGUGUGGUUUGGCGGAUCGAUGCUAGCAUCAACCCCGGAGUUCUACCAGGUGUGCCACACCAAAAAGGACUACGAAGAGAUCGGGCCGAGCAUCUGCCGCCACAACCCCGUGUUCGGAGUCAUGUCCUAACUUUCCGGAGUCGUGUCGGCGGCGGGCGGGGGGGGUCUGAGGCAGUGAGGUGUGGAUGUGUGACGGGAGUCCAGGAAAAAAAAAAAGAGACCAGACCAAACGGACGGGCUGGAAAAUGUGUUGUGAAUGUUUUUUCUUUUUUUCUUGUUGCUUUAUUUUGUUUUCAGUUCUUUUCAAAAUGAGGGAAAAUGUCUGUAAGCCAAAAUGAUUUUAAGAACAUUUCUGGAUCUGUUGAGUGGCGAUGAUGAUGGUGGAUGUUGGUCGGAUGGGAACAGUGAUGGUAUUUUCCUGACACCUGAACAUUAUUUAUGCAAAUCAAACUCGAGUCCAGCUGCGAUCUGCCGACUCUCUGAGAUCAACUUUAGAACAUAUUUUUGUCCUUUUGUUUUCAGCUUCAGCGUCUGUCUGCAUCCUGCGAAGAGCUUGUUUAUAUUUCAUACUAAAGUUUUUAUAUGUAAAACUCGGGGAAAUCAGGGGUUAAAAAAUAAUAAUGUAACAUCAGUGUCAGCGGGAGACGGUUUAAUGCUCGGUGAUGCGCAGUAUUUGCUGAGUUGGAGUGUGCGUUCUUUAAUUCCCGCGUCCUCGCCGUCUGCCCUCUCGUUCUUCACACACAGACCACGUCAGGUUUCCAGGAAAGAGAAGUGAAACUGUCAGACCAGUAUUGUUAGAGUAGAAGUUUUUUUUUAUUAUUAAAUACCAAAUUAUGAUAAGAAUGGGAUUUGUGUAUUUAAUGCAACAUUCCAAUAAAGGCUCAAAUUUGUUUCUAA